UUAACCGGACAACUCUCUUCAAUCUUUUUUAAUGAGAUUCGUACCUCUAAGGACCGCAUUUAGAAAAUAAAAAUCGUCCGUAUGACCGAUUUUUUUCAAUGCGCGGCUAAUUCAGUGCCUCCGUUGGAAGCCGAGAUCAUCGGCUUCGGCUUCUUCUCAACUAUUUACUCGUCAAAGAACCGGAGAUCGGAGACACGGACGACGAGGAGGCGAUGGUCGCGCGAGACGACGAAUCAACGGCGGCGGCGGUGGUUGAUUUGAGGGCUGAGGCGUGGGCAAAAGGAUCAGGCUCCGGGAGUGACAACUGACCAGUGCGAAAACGUCGGCGAGCCGCGGGCGCGGCAGGCGAGGAUGGUUGAGAAGAAGCCGCGGAUUGUCAUAGUGGGCGCUGGCAUAGCCGGACUCUCGGCGGCGCAGCAGCUAUGCGGCGCCGGCCGGGAAAAGUUCGAGGUGGUGGUGGUGGAGGCUGGCUGCCGCGCUGGCGGCCGGGUGUUCACGUCUGAGUUUGCCGACCAUCGUCUCGAGAUGGGCGCUACGUGGGUGCAGGGGAUCCUCGGGAGCCCCGUGUACGCACUGGCGCGGGAAGCGGGCGCGCUCCGGGAGGAGGCCGCAGACCUCCCGUACGAGCGCAUGGACGGGUUCCCUGACGGCGUCCUGACUGUCGCCGAGGGCGGCGGCGUCGUCGAUGCCAACACGGUGGCCAAGCCGAUCGAGGAGCUGUACAGGGGCAUGAUGGAGGCUGCGCGUGCCGGUGAGGCUGUCGGCGAAGGGGGCGGUGUGGAGGAGUACCUGCGCCGGGGGCUGCGAGCGUACCAGGCGAGGCGCCCGGGCGGGCGCAAGGAGCUGGAGGAGGUCGAGGAGGCGCUGCUCGGCAUGCACAUCAACCGGGAACGCACGGACACCUCCGCCGACGAUCUCGGCGACCUUGACCUCCCGGCUGAGGGUGAGUAUCGCGACUUCCCCGGCGACCACGUCACGAUCCCCGGCGGGUACACCCGCGUGGUGGAGCACCUCGUGGCCGCGCUCCCGCCCGGCACUGUCCGGCUCGGCCUCCGCCUCCGUCGUCUCGACUGGGGCGAAACACCUGUGCGCCUCCACUUCGCCGGCGAGGCGACGACGACGCUCACCGCCGACCACGUCAUCCUCACGGUCUCGCUGGGCGUCCUCAAGGCGAGCAUCGGCAAGGACGUGUCCGCUACGGCUACGGGCGCAAUCGCCUUCGACCCGCCGCUCCCGCAGUUCAAGCGUGAGGCCGUUGAGCGGCUGGGAUUCGGUGUCGUGGACAAGCUGUUCAUCGAGGUGGAGGCCGUGGAGACGCCGGAACCGGACGGCGGCUACGCGCAGCUAGCCAGGACGGCCCAGCCGGCUUUCCCGUUCCUGCACAUGGCGUUCCUCGGAGACGCAGCGAAGAUCCCGUGGUGGAUGCGCGGCACCGAGUCAGUGUGCCCCGUCCACGCGGGCUCGACGGUGGCGCUCGCAUGGUUCGCCGGGCGGGAGGCCGCGCACCUCGAGUCGCUCCCCGACGACGAGGUCAUCAGCGCGCUCCAAUCCACGCUGGAAUCCUUUCUCCCAGCCCAACCUCGCCGCUGCAGCUGGGCAGGCGCGGGGGCGACCCCACGGUGGAGGGUGAAGAGAAUCAAGAGGAGCGGGUGGGCGGCGGACCCGCUCUUCCUCGGGUCCUACAGCUACGUUGCUGUCGGGUCCAGCGGCGAGGAUCUCGAUCGGAUGGCUGAGCCGCUACCACGCGGACCGGAGGCCGACAGGACGCCGCUGCGCGUGCUGUUCGCCGGCGAGGCGACCCACCGGACGCACUACUCGACGACGCACGCGGCCUACCUGAGCGGCGUACGGGAGGCCGACCGGCUGCUGCAGCACUACUGCUGAGGUUUUAUUUUGGAUAUUUUUUUCCUAGACGGGUGUGACCAGCGAUACGGCUGUAGUUCAUUUUGCUUGUUUUGAUUUCCCGUCCGUAGCUCAUUUCCGGGGAAGUGGCUAGGGAAGUUAUUGUUGCGAAAAUUUGGAGGAUUUAAUAUGGAAAGUGCCCGCGUCGAAUCGUUGUUAGAUCUCAAUACAGCAAUUUUUCGUCGA